AUAUGCUUAAUAUCAUAUGACUUAAACUUAUCUUCCUAUUUGGUUUCUUAUCAUGGACUGUGUGGAGCAGCUUUGUGAUGGAAUGGUUUUCAACCAUGAGCCACCUACAUGUGUUGAAUGCCUGGACUGCGGGGGUCCAGCACACUGUGGAAUUGAAUGCAGUGCGCUUGCAGGAAGCAACGUUUUAGGUUACCCAGUAUGCACUGCCAUUGGUCAUGUCUCAAAAAUGAAUGUCGAUAUAAUUGAUAAAAACAAUCCUCGCAAGGGUGUCAUUGUUAGAAUGUCAAGUGCCAGCCAAAACAAUAAUUGCUCUCUCUCUGUUUCAGUCAUUUGUGAUUCAAACGGAGUUCAAGGGCCAGAUUCAAUGGAGAUAUUAGGGAACUGCAAUUACGCCACAAUGAUCCGGCAUCCUUCUGGUUGUGCAACAAUCAUACAUGUUCAUGGGAAAGGAUGGGGCUGGUUUGGUACUCUUCUCACAGUUAUCUUCUGUGUCUUCGGAGCCUAUCUGCUGGCUGGUACAGUCUAUCGAUUUUUCAUCCUUGGAGUUCGUGGUAUAGAUGUAAUCCCAAACUUGGAACUCUGGGGAAGCAUACCGCAUAGGAUUCAGCGCUCGUUCUCUGCUUUAGUGCGGAGAUUCAGAGGACCUUCUGAAGGUUACAGAAGCUCCUAUUCUGCAGUCAACUUCUGAAUAAUCACAAAGGUCGUUCCAUGUGAGCAUUGCAUUGUGAGAUGUCUCGGCUCUAAUCACUUGAAUCCUUCACAAACACACCAAAUAAUUACAGAUGACGACAGUGACCUAUGAAGCACAUUCUUGGAAUCCUCUGAAGAACUACCAUUCUUGCUGGUCAUUAACCCAUCAUAUAAGUCUCUCAUUCAUCUCCUUUUUUGCAGCUAGUUAUCUUUCCAAUGUCAAUGACAUUCUAUUCAUUGUAAUCGUUGUUGAAUGCCUACAGGGAACUCUGUUACCAAUUCUAUUUCACUGUUCACAUUCUUGUGACUGUUUCUAAUGAAAGUUUUGGUUAAUAAAGGGGAAAAAAAAAUUUCUAUUCAGUACAAUCUCAGUUAAAAUGCCGAGUGGGAACAGCCUUUCAAUUUUCAAUUUUUUUAAUAUCAUACUACCUCCAAUAGUUUCAGAAAGAAUUAUUCAGACCAUCUGUAUGCUUAUUGCUGUACGUUAAACAUAAAAAGAGUCCUAAGACCUAAUUCCAUUGGUUGGACAUUCGGAGAAGAAAUAGAAGGGAAAUUUUUGGUAAAGAAAAUUCUAACAAGCGUUUCUGGUAGAAAACUUAAAUUUACCUUUGUAGGUCGGAAGGAGGCUUCUAAUUCUGUUGAUCCAGCAACGUCUUUGGAGCAGAAUCAGGAAUUUACGGUUUCCUCAGAGAAGAAAGCGAGAAACUGGUU